UUAGGUGAUACCCGGGGAUCAAGAUCGUCUCCCGAGUAUAAAAGGCCAAAGCCUUCCCCCCUCUUCGAUAGAGUUUGCUCGCUAAUGCUAGCAAUGCUCAGUUUAACAUUAUUCACUCUUUUAUCUAUCCCUCUCUUAUCUAGCGCCCAGACCUUCACGGCUUCCAAUGGUGCCCCCAUCAAUCAGCCUUACUCGUGGAGUCGCGCAGGACCGAAUGGCGGUCUUUUAUUGCAGGACUUCGCCGCUGUCGACCUCCUCGCUCAUUUUCAUCGAGAACGUAUUCCCGAACGCGUCGUCCAUGCUAAAGGUGCCGGUGCUCAUGGCUACUUCGAAGUAACUCAGGACAUGAGCGCAAUCACCUCGAACAAGCUACUUUCUUCGCCCGGAACAAGAGCCAAUGUUACUGUGCGGUUCUCCACUGUUGGCGGCGAAUCUGGAAGUGCAGACACUGCUCGCGAUCCCCGUGGUUUCUCGACGAAGAUCAGAACAGACAAUGGGAACUGGGACUGGGUGUUCAACGAUACACCCGUCUUCUUCAUCCGCGAUGGUGCCAAGUUCCCACACUUCAUCCAUACUCAGAAGAGGAACCCUCAGACGCAUUUGAAAGAUCCUGAUAUGUUUUGGGAUUAUCUGUCUCUGAAUCCGGAGUCCGUACAUCAGGUCAUGCGCUUAUUUUCAGAUCGUGGAACACCGGACGGUUAUCAUGAUACGCACGGAUAUUCUGGACAUACUUACAAGUGGACAAAGUCGGACGGAACAUUUGUUUACGUCAAGACCACUCUGCUCAGAGAUACCGGUUUUAAGACGCUCGACAGAGAGAACGCAAAUGCACUUGCUAGCAGCAAUCCAGAUUAUGGCACUCAGAAGCUUUUUGACGCUAUUGAAGCGGGUGACUACCCUACAUGGACUGUAUACAUUCAAACUAUGACUCCCGAACAGGCUGAAGAGUUUCGCUACAACAUCCUUGACCUCACCAAAGUUUGGCCUCAGAAACUAUACCCUCUCCAAGAAGUCGGUCGGCUCGUCCUAAACAAGAACCCGGAUAACUACUUUGCUGAGAUUGAGCAACUUUCCUUCUCUCCUUCAAACAUGGUGCCCUACAUCGAACCCUCCGCAGAUCCAGUUCUCCAAGCACGUCUCUUCGCUUACCCCGACGCUGCACGCUAUCGUCUCGGACCCAACUAUAACCAGCUUCCCGUCAACUGCCCUCUUUUCCAAGCAGCCAACUUCCAGCGCGAUGGAUGGGGAACGUUCUUUUCCCAAGGUAGUCGUCCGAACUACCAGAGUAGUACGGAGCCCCUGGAGUAUCAGGAGAACCCUGGUUGGAUAUAUGGCGAGAGCUGUGCAGGUGGUGAGGCGUGUGAUGAGGAACGCAGAGUGAACCACGAGAAUUUCGUCGGCGCGGCGUAUAGAGAUCUGAGCGAAUUUACUGAACUGGACCUGGAACAGCCUCGAGCGCUGUGGGAACUUUGGAAUGACGCGGAACAGGAAGCUAUCGUUGGGAACCUCGCGUCGCACAUGGUGAACAUCAAGAACAUAGAGAUUACGAACAGACAACUUUCCAUAUUCGCUGCCAUUGACCAGGAUUUCAGUGAUCGUGUGGCCAGCGCUAUCGGCAUAGCCUCCGUGGCGCCUUUUACGGUCAAGCCUGCGUCUGAUGCAUUCAAGUUCAGGACCUAUCGUGGACUUUCUGUUAAUCUCACUGAGAGCGCCCAGAACGGUGAUUUGACCCUUCAGCAAGUAUCCACUGACGAUUACUACUUGGACUAAGUAACUACUUUAUUGCAUGAUAGUGCAUUAUCCUUAAUAGGAUUUCGAUAUUUUUUCAGGUUACCUCGGUGGUUAGUAUUGCAUUGCAAAUUACGUUGGUAAAGCUUGCCUGGCAUCAUCAGAUUCAUGGUA